AUGCAAACUGAUUUAGAUCAAAAUGUAAUAUUGAAUGUCGGCGGAACAAAGUUUGAAACAAAAAUUUCAACCUUAUUAUCACAACCUGACACAUUGCUCGGAAAAAUGUUUCAUCCAAGAAACAGAUCACUCUUAAAACCAACACAUAGAGAUAAUGAAUAUUUCUUUGACAGGAAUCCAAAAGCAUUCUAUUAUAUUUUAGAAUAUUAUCGUACUGAAGAUAAUGCCGGAGAAAUAGAUGAAGAAAAUCAAUUUGUAGAUAACAAUGAAACGUUAACAUUGGAAAUGAUGAAAAAAGAAUUAGAUUAUUUUAAUAUUGAGAUGAGCAUGAAAGAAUUGAAUUUAGCAGAGAAAGCAGCAGCAGAAAUUUUUACGAAAUUUAUUAAAGCAAUUGAAAAUCUAAUCUAUGAAGCAAUUAGAACAUUCUCAAGCUCUAUCACAAUCGAAUUCUUUAAUAAUGAAUAUUUCUUUGACAGGAAUCCAAAAGCAUUCUAUUAUAUUUUAGAAUAUUAUCGUACUGAAGAUAAUGCCGGAGAAAUAGAUGAAGAAAAUCAAUUUGUAGAUAACAAUGAAACGUUAACAUUGGAAAUGAUGAAAAAAGAAUUAGAUUAUUUUAAUAUUGAGAUGAGCAUGAAAGAAUUGAAUUUAGCAGAGAAAGCAGCAGCAGAAAUUUUUACGAAAUUUAUUAAAGCAAUUGAAAAUCUAAUCUAUGAAGCAAUUAGAACAUUCUCAAGCUCUAUCACAAUCGAAUUCUUUAGUUCUUCAAAAUCGCCCUCAAUCCAAUUCAAUGACACACCAAUGAAAGAUAAACUUCUUGAAUACAAAUUUAUUGGUUAUGGGAUUUUAGAUCACUUUGAUGAAAGUUACUUAUCAGAUUGUUUAACCAGAAGUUUUCCUUUUAUGGAUGUAUAUCUUGAAACUGAAAUAAAAUAUAAUUCUUAUAAUAACAGCCUAUUCCUAUAUACAUAG